CAGGACACAUAUAAAUGGUCGCGGCCACGAUGGCAGGCUCCAGCACUCCCUGUAGAUCCUCACCACCUCAGCUCAGUCGCACCCAGGUAUCAACAUGCCAUCUAUCGUUGUUGCAGGUGCGUCCCGUGGCCUCGGCCUCGAAUUCGUGAAGCAGCUCCUCGCGGAGGGUAACGUUGUCUUUGCCCUCGUGCGCGACCCCGCCAAAUCGGCUAGCCUCGCUUCUAUCCAGGACAAGAACCUCCAUGUCUUCAAAGCGGAUGUAACCGAUCCUGUAGCUCUAAAGGCAGCGGCGCAGGCUACGGCAGAUGUUACUGGCGGGUCGCUUGACAUCCUCAUACACAACGCAGCCUACCAGAACGAUGCGCACGCAUUCCACACCAUCACUGAGUUCUCCUCCGACACUGAGCUCAUUGAGGACUUCAACAAGACCUGGCACACGAACGUCAUCGGGCCAAUCUUGACUAUCAACGCCUUCCUCCCUCUCCUGCGGAAGGGUACCACGAAGAAGAUUUUCACUCUCUGGUCCGGUGCCGGCGAGCCCGCAUUCACCGUCGCCUCGGAGUUCGUGGGCCGCGCUGCGUACUGCGUAAGCAAGUGCGCGCUAGACAUGGUGAACGUCAAGUACGCGCUGGCACUGAAGGACGAAGGCUUCAUCUGCGUCGCGAUCAGCCCGGGUGUCGUCAACACCGCCGAGGCUCCCCCCCCACCCGAGGCGAUGCCGUUUAUCACGAAACAGGUGCAGGGCUUCGUGAACGUCAACCCGAACUGGAAGGGCCCGUUUGAGCCGAACGAGUCCGUCGAGCUCAUGCUCAAGGUCCUCCACAACCUAAGGCCGGAGCACAACGGGCAGACACUGAGCCACUGGGGCAACAAGGAGUGGCUGUAGGUAGACGCACGGAAUACGUUACAGCCUGACAAUCCAGAUAUAAGACAGUAUUCGUGGUCGUAGAACAAGCAAGCAAAUACAUCAUCCUCUACCUUGUUCUACGCUUUCUCCACGGAGCUGUCAGUCUACUUUAGGCGGUCUUGAGCUUCUCCGAUCCUUCGUUUGGUCGACAUUCAUGUUCGUGGACUAUGGUUUGUUUCCUAUUUUGAAAGAAGCCUCUAGCCAACGCUUAUGUAAAGACAAUGUAAUGGUAUCGCCCAUUGCUCGGUCCGAUUACAUAUUCGAACAUUG